GCCACCGCCUCAUUACGCUCACCGUGCGCUGCGCUGAGACAUCGCCGGCAGCGCCCUGUCGGAUAUAUAAACCCGCUGCAGACAGAACAAUGGCUCGCAAGCGAGUUACAGUCGUCGAUACGUUAACGCAACGCUAUUGAAAUCACCAGCUAUGAAUCAUGUGUCUUAUGUUUCUCUCAAAUUUGCUUGUGAGCAUCCUCAUUUCCGGGCUCCGGUCGUCCAUAACGAGAGCAUCGCUCGUGGAGAAUGAAUCCGGUAGGGCUGCUGUUCCAGUGUGGGUGGAGCCGGAUGCCACUGCACCAUCACACACAUGGAACGGGAGCGCUCUGGAGGUGGAACAUGCGAUAACAUACCCCUCUCGCCUCAUCUACUACCUGAACGAGGACUCAGAGAGCACUUACCACAACCUGAACACCCAGGCAAAGACCCCCAGCCAGCAGGGCCAGGCAGUGCACUUGGCUGAAGCUUCCUUUCAACUUGAGUCAUUUGGGUCUAGAUUCAUACUGGACCUCACACUGAACACUGACCUGCUGGCCUCCAGUUACGUGGAGAUUCACUAUGAAGAGGGCAAACCCAUCCUGUCAAAGGGUGGAGAGCAUUGUUAUUACCAUGGUCAGGUGAGAGGGAAUGACGCCUCUCUGGUAGCUCUAUCCACCUGUAAUGGCUUACACGGCAUGUUUGAUGAUGGACUCCAUUUGUAUCUGAUUGAGCCCUUGAAGCAGACUCACUCUAUCAACGGUGCCGCUCGGCCCCACAGGUUACGCAGGGGCCCCAGCCUGCUGCUGUCUCCAGGCCGAGAGCAUGCAGGCAUGGACGUGGACAUGCUGGAUGACGUGUCUUGGAUACGUCGUAGGAAAAAGCGAGCGAUGCCACGGAAUAUUUUCGAGGAGAUGAAGUACAUUGAGCUCAUGAUUGUCAGUGACCACAACAUGUUCAAGAGACUGAAGACCAAGCAGCAGACACGAAAUUUUGCCAAGUCUGUGGUCAACCUGGUGGACACUGUUUUUAAAGAACAUUUGAAGACGCGCGUGGUCCUGGUUGCUAUGGAGAUCUGGACAGAAAAGGACAAUAUCCCGAUCAGCGUGAUGCCGCUGGCGAUGCUUCGAGACUUCGCCAAAUAUCGGCAGCAGCACAUCAAGCAGCAUGCGGACGCGGUGCACCUCUUCUCCAACGUGACGUUUCACUACCGCCGGAGCAGCGUGGCGUUCUUCGGCGGGAUGUGCUCUGUGCGCCGCGGGGUCGGAGUCAACGAGUACGGGUCUACAUGGACAAUGGCUCUCUCACUAUCUCAAAGUCUGUCCCAAAAUCUAGGCAUUCAGUGGGAUCCAGGAUCCAGCAAGAACAAGGAGUGUGGAUGUGUUGACUCCUGGGCGGGCUGUAUCAUGGAGGACACUGGAGUGCAGCACCCACGAAAGUUCUCCAAGUGCAGUAUUUUAGACUAUAAAGAGUUUCUUUUAAAGGGCGGGGGAUCUUGCCUCUUCAACAGGCCCACAAAGCUGUUUGAGCAGACAGAGUGUGGGAACGGCUACUUGGAAGCAGGAGAGGAGUGUGACUGUGGCGCGAGAGCCGAUUGCUAUAAAGAAUGCUGUAAGAAAUGUUCUUUGUCUAAUGGAGCACACUGCAGUGAUGGGCCCUGCUGUAACAACACCUGUCUGUUCUACCCAAGAGGCUACAGCUGUCGAUACGCAGUGAACGACUGUGAUAUUUCCGAGACAUGCACAGGAGACUCAGGACAGUGCCCUCCUAACCUCCACAAACAGGAUGGCUACUUCUGCCACCUCAACCAGGGACGCUGCUACAGCGGGGAGUGUAAGACCAGGGACAGCCAGUGCAAAUACGUGUGGGGGCCAAAGUCUGGGAGCUCAGAGAAGUUCUGCUAUGAGAAGCUGAACACAGACGGCUCUGCGAAGGGGAACUGCGGCGAAGAUGGAGACAAGUGGAUCCAGUGCAGCAAGCAUGACGUGUUCUGUGGGUACCUGCUGUGCGCCAACAUUGGCCAGGUGCCUCGGCUCGGAGUAAUAAAGGGAGAGGUCACGCCCACGACCUUCAACCACCAGGGCCGUAUAAUAGAGUGCAGUGGGGGUCAUGUGUUGUUGGAUGACGGCACUGAUCUGGGUUACGUGGAGGAUGGGACUCCAUGUGGGCCGUCCAUGAUGUGCCUUGACCGUAAGUGUCUGCCUAUCCAGUCCCUCAACAUGAGUGCCUGCCCAACUGGCUCCAAAGGUCACAUCUGCUCAAACCACGGGGUUUGCAAUAACGAGGUGACGUGUACAUGUGACACAACGUGGGCAGGGACUGACUGCAGCAUUCCUGACCCUCACAAAGAGCCUGCCCCAGUCGAAGAGGAAGGACCACGGGAAACGUCAAAAAGCGACGGAUCGACCCGAAUGCCGCUGCCAUCUAGUGGAGAAGGAGGAUUGGCGCUGCUCCAACGCUUCUUUAGACAUCUACAGCUGGCCUGCAAUUUACUGCUGCUCUUUUUUUGCCAUUAGUUACUUGACAACAUACACAGUAGAAGAUAUCUUAAAGAACACACCCUUGUUUCAUAGGACUUCGGCUUCUGAGCGCCACUCCGGGUGUUCUUACUUUCUUUUUUUAUACCCCUAACGUACCCAGACGUCUUUACUGUCAGGCACCUUCUUUAAUAACACCCCUAUUAAACCAUCCUCUCAUUACAAAGACAUGAUACUCCAGAGCGCCAGUCGGUCCUGGCGUCCUGGCCAAAGGGCUGCAUGGCUUCUUACCGGAACACUGAAUAGGUGUCUUUCUGAACAGAGGAGAAAGUGCUCUUUCACACCAACAGGAGAGCGGUCGUGCCAUAACCGCGGCCGUAGAUUCGUGUGAAAGCCUGGCUUCUGUUCACAGCUUUAGGCCUCAUUGUAAAUCAACAAGGACUCCAGUUUCUAUGAUCCCUUAGUGAUUUGUUUGAUAGAGUUGAGUCCAGCUGCGUACAGGCCUUAACAACUUAUCAAGUAAAGACAUAUCACAAAGAGACAUGGAACCGAAAAUAGUUACGGUGCUGAUCCACAAGAACAUAUCGUUUAAAACGCUAAAUGUUUCAUGCUUGUUUUUAGCUUUGUUUGUUUUUUAGUAGAUCAUGUUGCGUAGUAGGCAUCAAUUGAAAUGUUCAUAAAAUUAUUAUGUCUUGCCCAAUCACUCAUGCUUAACACAACUGCAAGUUUAAUGUCAUCAAAUCAGAUAGAUUGUGCAGCAUAUGCAUAGGCUAUAUUGUGGUAAAGGUCACUGUGCUGAGGCAAGCAAAGUACACAACAGGUCAACAGAUCCGUAGGAUACUAUUUUUCAUUACAGAACUUGAGCCUAGCUGAAAAGCCAAAGAAUAUGGAGAAUACAUGAGCGAUAUGUAUAAGAGCUGGCUUUUAAUACACAAAGCACUUUUGCCCUGGUCUCGGAAAGACUGCAGUAACCAGAAUGAACCAGUCCUUUGAGAAAUAUCCUUUUGGGCCACCAGUAUCACAUCCUGUUUACCCAGAGAACUACAACCUGUUGUAUUCAGACUUUAGAGAAGGUCUUAACUUACAUUUACACUUCAUUUAGCUUUCUCUGCUUACAUUAUAAGGCGUGAUGGCUUUGCAGCAUGCAUUCAAUAUAGUGGACUUACUGCUAUAUAAGGGAGUCCCCUCCAUAAGAAACUAUACUACAGAAGGAUCCUGUCCUAAGAGUGCAUGUCAGCAACAGAAAAACUUUUAUUUACUAUGCAAAGAAAAUUGAACGAAAAUUGUUUAGUGUAAAAAUGAACACAGCAUAAUUAAAUAAAAACCAAGGUUCCAGUACGGCCAUUUUCCUAUUUUUAAGAUUUAGAUAUAAUAUAAGUUUGCGCUAUAAAGAAAAAUGCUUGUCAGAGUUCACAUGAGUGUGGAACGAAUGUGUUGGGCUCUAAAUAAAUCCUGUAAUUAUUUCAUUUUCUGAUGUUUCGGGUGAGGCUUUAUAAUCUCCUUUUAAAAAUGCUUUUCUUGACUUUUCGUUCAUUAAUUACGACUCCUAUGUGAGACGAGGCCAAACACCUCUUAACCACCUUUACUCACAGUUCAUUUGCAGGAGGAGUUCAUUCAAUAAACCUAAAGUGUUUUGCAUUUA